AUGUCGGACGAUCGAUUCCGCGAUGCGUUUCGUCCGCGCGAGUCCGAUACGGCGCGCAAGCCCAAGGUCCCCACGGAGGAAGUGAAUCCCCAUGUGCCGAUGUACAUGGCACAGACGCCGUGGUACCUAGACACUGGUGGCAAUGCGUCGCUCGAGCACCAGCGCAAGCCUGCACAAAACAAAGCCUCAGCGUCGCUCGACGAUUGGUACCAACGUGGAACAAAAGCAGGGCCGGCUGCGUCGCGCUUCCGUAAGGGAGCUUGCGAAAAUUGCGGCGCGAUGUCGCACAAGACACGCGACUGUAUGGAACGUCCACGAAAACGAGGCGCAAAGUGGUCGGGCCAAGAUAUCAAGCCGGACGAAGUUGUACAGGAUUUGACACACUUGGACUACAACUACGAUGCAAAGCGUGAUCGGUGGAAUGGGUACGAUCCUGCGAGUCAUAUGGCGGUAGUCGAGCGUUUUGAGGCGAUCGAAGAAGAGCGACGUAGGAUUCGUGAAGAACAGCUGGAGGCACAAACGUCUACGGAUGCCCAUGCAGCUGCGAAGAAACUUGCGAAGAAGGAGAAGCGUGUGCGCGAAGACGACGACUUUGACAGCAGUAGCAGCGACGAUGACGAUGACGACGAUAAGUAUGCGGAAAAGGCCAACAUGGUCGGCCAAAAGAUCGAUGCGGACAAGCGCAUCACCGUCCGCAACUUGCGCAUCCGUGAAGACCGCGCUAAAUACUUAUACAACCUCAACACAGAUUCUGCGCACUACGAUCCCAAGACGCGCUCGAUGCGCGAAGCGCCGCUGCCCGACGAUGGCCUGACCACACCGAGCGACGCGUUUGAGCGCAGCCAGGGGGAUGCAGUGGAUAUGCAAAAAAUGCAAGUGUUUGCCUGGCAGGCAGAGCAGCGUGGCGACUCCAUACAGGCGAUGCAGGCGAAUCCCACCGUCAAUGAGCGGCAGUUCAAGCAGCAUCAAGAGGAGAGGGCGAAGCAGGCCAUGGAAGUCAAGAGCACGAUACUUGAGCGCUACGGCGGCGCCGAGUACCUGGAUGCCAUGCCCCGCGAGCUACGUGCUGGUCAAACCGAAGCCUACGUGGAAUACAACCGGUCCGGCGAAGUCGUGCGUGGCCCAUCGCGAGCGAAGCCACGUUCACGAUACGAGGAAGAUGUGUACGAAAACAAUCAUUCAAGCGUCUAUGGCUCGUGGUACGAUCUCGAGCGAGGUGUGUGGGGCUAUGCGUGCUGCCACAACACCGUCCUACGUUCCUACUGUACCGGAGAGGCUGGCAAGGCCGCACAAGCUAGCAGUGCCAGCGUAGCUUAG